AUGGGAAACGACAGGCAGAACAUCGGACAAACAAAGCCCUACACCGUGUGCCGUUCAAGCUCUCGUGUCCGUUUUGGAGACGUGCUACAACCAUCAACGGGUUGCGACGAUGGAGAGCCACCACCAGUCCACCACCACCACUACGGUCUACCGUACUUUACCACACACACGAAACGUCCUCCCAAUCAUCCGCGCCAGAGCCGGACAUCACAACCACACGCCUGGGGCUUCCCCACCACCAGCUCACCUCCUCCACCACCUUCUGACCAGAUACAGGCCCCUCCUAGUGACCACUAA